AUGACGAACGACACCUACGACGCCAUCAUCGUCGGCGCUGGCUUUGCGGGAAUCUAUCAAGUAUAUUCGUUGGCAAAGCUAGGAUUGAAUUGUCUGGUUAUUGACGCUGCUGGCAAUGUUGGUGGAACAUGGUACUCAAAUCUAUACCCUGGCGCCAUGUCAGAUACCCCAAGUUCGGUCUAUCGAUUCUCCUGGGACAAGGACGAUCUGAUGACUUAUCCAUGGGAGGAAGGCUACGUCAAACAACCCGAAGUCCUAGCCUACCUCAACCACGUCGUCGACAAACACGACCUGCGAAAGUACAUGCGCUUCAACACCGAAAUGACCGCCGCCCACUGGCAAGACUCGGACCAGAUGUGGCAUCUCACCGUCAACGGCAGCGACAAAAUCAUCGCCAAAUACGUCAUCACCGGCCUCGGACUCCUCUCGCGCACGAAUCUCCCGGACAUCCCCGGCAUAGACACGUUCGAAGGCGACAUGUACCACACGGCCAAAUGGCCGCAAGGCUACGACGUGACCGGCAAGAAAGCCGGCGUGAUCGGCUGCGGCUCCACGGGUGUCCAGGUCAUCACGGACAUCGGCUGCAAAGUCAAGCAGCUCGACUGCUACCAGCGCCAUCCGCAGUACACCGUCCCGUCCGGCGAUAAGAAAGUCACGCUCGAAGAGCGCAAAUUCCUCAACGACAACUGGGACUCCAUCUGGCACCUCGUGCGGCACUCCAUCACCGCCUUUGGCUUCGAAGAGAGCAAGCAGUCCUACCAUGACGCCAGCCCCGAGGAGCGCGAGCGCGUUUUCCAGGAGGCAUGGGAUAUUGGGUGUGGGUUCCGCUUCAUGUUCGGCACCUUUAACGACAUCGCCACGGACAUGGAGGCGAAUAAAGGAGCGCAGGAUUUUAUUCGAAAGCAAAUCGACACGAUCGUCAAGGACCCGAAGAAAGCCGAGAAGUUGAAGCCGCACGACGUGUACGCCCGUCGACCGCUGUGCGAUGGGAAUGCGUCAAAUGGGCAGAAGUACUUUGAGCAGUUUAACCGGGAGAACGUCGAUGUGGUUGAUUUGAAGGAGACGCCGAUUGAGCGGAUCGAGGCGAAGGGGAUCCAGACGGCAGAUGGGAAGUUGCAUGAGCACGAUUUGCUGAUUUUCGCCACGGGGUUCGAUGCUGUAGAGGGGAACUACACGCGGCUGGCGAUCCAUGGACGGGAUGGUAUGUCGUUGAAGGAGUAUUGGGAUGAUUUGGGGCCGACGAGCUAUUUGGGGUCGUUUGUGCCGAAGUUUCCGAAUUUCUUCUUGAUUUCUGGCCCCAAAGGUCCCUUCACCAACAUGCCGCCCUCGAUUGAAGUCCAAGUCGAGUUCAUCACCGACGCCAUUCGCGAUGCUGAGAAGUCCGGCGUGCGACUGAUUGAGCCCACGGAGGAGGCAGAACGGCAGUACUCGGAGCUCUGCGACCAGCUGGCCGAGAACAGCUUGUUCUGGAAGGCUGAGGAUAACUGGAUCUUUGGGGCGAAUAUACCUGGUAAGAAGCGGUGUUUGAGAUUCUUCUUUGGUGGUAUGGAGGCGUUCCUUGAUAAGCUGGAGGAGGUGAAGAAGAAUGGGUAUACUGGAUUCAAGCCGUUUACGCAGGAUCAUGCGGCUCCUACUAGGUUGUGA